AUGAUUCCUAUGUGGUCGCAAUGGAUAUUUAUUUCAAUCAACGCGGUUUCACUUCCACUCUACGUAACCAUCAUCGUUAUUUGUGUAAAGGAAUGGAAACAUAACCAUACACGAAGAACAUUUUACUUGCUUAUCGUUUCGCAGGGCAUCGUGGAUAUUGUGGUGAUGCUUAACUAUUUCCUGUUCUGGACUCUACGCGUAGCACAGUUGUUCGACAACUUCUACUGGGAUUAUCAAGAUUACUAUGUUGCUACAUGGGCUUUCAAUCAGACCUAUAUAUCAGUUUUUAUACGAUGUUUCGGAGUUCUGCUGAUCACUUUUCAGCGGUACAUUUCGUUGUGCAGAAACGGUUCUCGCCUAGAACAGUUUCAUAACGUUUCUCACCGAUGGGCAAUGCCGAUCGUACAAUGGGCAGUGCCUUCAGUCUAUUCCAUUCCGCUUCUUCUUCUGACCCAUGCCACCUUUCACUCUUUGCAAAACCUCGAAGUGAUUGUAGAAAGACAGUCAAUCACCUUUAUGCUACGGAGCUAUACUGAGGUUUCUUGUGAAAAACCGAUACAGUGGCAGCACGGCUGUAAAACAAGAGCGCCGCCUAUACCUUCAAAUGCUAGGACUCUUUUUGGAUUUGUGCUUCUCCUUAUUUACAAUAUGAUGCACUUAAAGUUCUCGCUGAGCUCCAAUGAUGGUCCCAUAUUUACGAUGAGAAUCGUGUUCCCUAUGGAUCAGCUGCUUCUUCUCGUAUAUCAACGCUUGGAUGAUGCUGUUUUUGAAUGA